GCCCGUAGAGCUCAUGACGGAAACUGCAGCAAUUGAAAAUUGGGUUUAACAUUGUUAAUCCCUUCGGCCUAGUUGCCAAAAGAUUUCGAUCCCUUUCCCGUAGUUCUUCUCUGCUGUUUCUUCUAGAUUUUACAGUCGCCGUUGAGUCACCUAUUCCGGCCUGUGGUACCUCACCAGCUCCUACUUGCCGGUGGGAUUCCAUAGAAUCCGGCCUAUAAAACGAACUCGGCUGUGGAGGACAGUGGACAGCACUCCCUGGAUUCAGUUUGAGCAAGGUCAGAAUUUCCGAAAUUCCGGAACGAAAUCAGCAGAAUAUUUCGGUCCAAACUGGGGAGGGGGAAUACGAAAAAUUUUGGGUGAUAUAUAAGUAGAUGAAAGUAUUGGCAACAGAAUCAUACAAGCAUCAUCUGAAGAGUUGAAUUGUUUUCCUGAAGACUCAUUCUGUAGUCAGGCCGAAAUUUCGUUCUGCACGAAACCGAAUUUUAAAUCCUUUCGGCACCCCACCACGUGGGUUUGCUGCCAAACAGCUGCUGCAGUAGCUGAUUUUGAUGUCGAAAUGAGCUUUUCUGCAGUGAAUUUCUGAAUUGUGCUGCGGAGUUGAGCUUUUGCUUCCCCUUGUUGAUCUGGACGACAUAAGAGACUUGGGAAAUUGAAGCACCUCGGUGUGAUAAAGAGUGGGUUUAGGAGUCGAGCUUUUGCUUCCCCUUGUGCUGCGAUGUCUGGAACUGAAGCAAAAUGGAAAACUCUGCAAUGGGUAGCAACGGUUGUGCUCAGCUUGCUUCUGGUUUCUGUGUUUGCUUCUGCAGAGCGGACUCUGAAAGACGACGCUUCAAGAAACAAAGGAACCGCAGAGGUUCAUUCAAAUUAUCUUGUACAAAUUAAAACUUUCAUUUGGCAAGCGGGUAAAUCAGGUUAUCAUCAUGUGUGGCCUCCUAUGAAAUUCGGGUGGGAAAUCGUUCUUGGCACCAUAAUUGGAUUCUGUGGAGCAGCGUUUGGGAGUGUGGGAGGCGUUGGUGGUGGUGGAAUUUUCGUUCCCAUGCUCACCCUGAUUAUUGGGUUUGAUGCAAAAUCAUCCACAGCAAUAUCGAAAUGUAUGAUCAUGGGUGCAUCAGCAUCAACGGUGUACUGCAAUCUCAGGCUAAGGCAUCCAACUCUUGAUAUGCCCAUUAUCGACUACGACUUGGCAAUGCUCUUCCAGCCUAUGCUUAUGCUAGGAAUCAGUAUUGGGGUCGCUUUUAAUGUGAUAUUUGCUAACUGGAUGCUCACAGUACUGCUAAUCGUCCUCUUCUUAGGCUUGUCAACUAAGUCAUUUUUCAAGGGCAUCGAAACCUGGAAAAAGGAAACCAUAAAGAAAAAGGAAGCUGCCAAGCGUCUGGAGUCAAAUGGUACCAGCAAUGAACAAGUGGAACAUAAGAUUCCACCCAGUAGUACAAGCAAUGGCCCUCAAAAGGAGACCAAAGAAUCUAGAGAGAGAGAAGUUCCCAUUCUCAAGAAUGUCUACUGGAAAGAACUAGGCCUUCUCGUUUUCGUCUGGGUUGCUUUUCUUAUUCUGCAAAUUGUCAAGAAUCACACAACAACCUGUUCGACGAUAUAUUGGGUUUUGAACUUAUUACAGAUCCCUGUAGCCGUCGGUGUGAGUUUGUACGAGGGAGUUAGCCUGUAUAAAGGAUGGAAAGUGAUUGGAUCCAAGGGAGACAAGGGCACAAACUGGCGAGUGCAUCAACUGAUCCUCUACUGCUGCUGCGGAAUACUGGCUGGAGUAGUCGGUGGCCUGCUUGGUCUUGGCGGAGGUUUCAUUUUGGGUCCUCUUUUCUUGGAAAUGGGCGUCCCUCCCGAGGUUUCAAGUGCUACGGCCACCUUUGCCAUGAUGUUCUCUUCAUCCAUGUCCGUGGUGGAAUAUUACCUUCUGAAGCGUUUUCCAAUUCCAUACGCUCUCUACUUCACCGCCGUGGCAACUGUGGCUGCCUUUGUAGGGCAGCGUGUAGUGAGAAGGCUGAUCAUUUUAUUGGGGAGGGCGUCUCUCAUCAUCUUCAUUCUAUCCCUUACAAUCUUUGUUAGUGCAAUCUCACUAGGUGGGAUUGGCAUAUCACGUAUGAUUCACAAGAUUGAGCGACAUGAGUACAUGGGUUUGGAGAACCUCUGCAACUAUAAUCCUUAGUAUUAACCUCUCUUCUUUUUGUAUUAAUUUCUUAAUUUAGCUAAAAUACUGAAGACUACCCACUCUAAUAUCUAACAACCACACUUCAGAUCUAUCUCCUCCAUAUAUAAUUAUCUCUGCAGCCUACCCUUUAAUUAAUGUUCACUAACAAUUACGGAUCGAUCAGCUCCUUUAAUUUCCUUCUGUUGAGACUGGAUGUAAUGGCCAAUGUUUGUGAUUGCUAGAAUACAUUUUUGGCCCCAUAUAUAUAUAUAUAUGCAAUGCGACUUCCUUCCAAAGUCGAUAAGUUA